AUGGAGCCUAAAUUAGAAGGCAUUUCAAGAAAGGUAUGGAAAAUAGUAAGGGUGGCCAUUUUCAUGAUAAAGAAAGGUCUAUGCAAGAAAAAAAUAGUCAUGGACCUCAACUUUAUGAUGAAGCGUGGCAAAAUCGCCGGUAAAAAAGCCCUAGGAAACCUUAUGUUCCACAACAACAACCACCUCUUCUCCACUCAAUACGGCGUUGGUGGGUCAUCUAACCUCACCAACAACGCCCGGGAGUACGAGUUUAGUUGUAGCAACACACCUUUAUACCAUCGCUACUUCACCAACAAAAGAAAGAACCAUCACCACCAAAAUAAUGAUCACUAUUACAUGCCCUCCCCUUUUCCCUUGGAAGAUGGUCAAAAUUAUAAUAUAGAGGACGUUAACAAUGUACUUGAAAUGAUAUUACGUAAUGAUAAAGCUGCUGGUGGUGUUUCGGCUCCUUCACCGGCUUUGCCGGGUGUAGGGUUUGGACAGAGCCCUACGGUCCAGCCUCUAAGGAUAACGGACUCACCGUUUUUGAUACAAAACAAGGAUCACGAUGACGAGCAUGUGGAUCAGGCCGCUGAAGAUUUCAUCAAGGAUUUCUAUUCUCAACUUAAACAUCAAAAUUAA